GCAUUUACUGGGUAGGAAGAUGCCGACCUCUCAAGGGCAGGUAGCUGAUAGGCGCAAUGUAACGAUGAAAAAUGUAUAAAAGGCUCAUGAACCCCUCACUCCGUGCCGUUCCUUCUUUUUCUCAUCUUUGACUCGGCUCAUAUCCAAGUUUGGAUGACAGCUGACCGGAGCUGAGCUGGCUGGCGACAGGCCGCUCCCCAGGUAACAUGAUGCCUGUCGGUUUCAAACUUUAUCCAAUCAGGGCGGGCGCCGCCGCUGGGUUCAUCCUCCAGACCAUCGGGCUGGCCACGGCGGCCUACGUCGGCUACAAGCUCUGCGACUUUUCAGCGCUCUGGCUCCUCCCCAAGAUCCCUCUCACUCGCGACUACUACCAUGACGGCAAGGGCAAGGGCAAGGGCAAGGGCAAGGGCAAGGGCGGCAAGGGCCCAAAGGCCUGGGCGCUCGUGACGGGGGCGUCGGCGGGGAUCGGGCUCGGUAUCGCGCACGAGCUGGCGCUGCUCGGGUUCGGGGUGGUGCUGCUGGGCCACAAGUCCGAGGAGCUCUCGGCGGCGGCGGACGCGAUCCGAGCCGAGGUCGGCUUCGUCCCCUCGUCGUCUUCCUCUUCCAGCGACAGCGAUAGCGACGACGACAGCGACAGCGACAGCGACAGCGACAGCGACAGCGACCCCCGCGACCCGGUCCGCACCGUCGUCAUGGACGCGGCGGCCGCCACCAACGCCGAGAUGGAGCGGGCGCUGCUCGGCCCCGUCCUCGGCGGCGCGCUCAACGUCACGGUGCUCGUCAACAACGUGGGCGGGCAGCCGGCCCCGCGGGGCCCGGCCUUUCGGCGGCUCGACGGGUACGGCGCGGACGAGGCGGACGCGAUCCUGGACCUCAACGCGCGCUUCAUGCUGCGGCUGACGCGCAUGGCGCUGCCGCCCCUCAUUGCCGCCGUCGCUGAUGGCGGUGGUGGUGGUGGUGGUGGUGGUGGUGGUAAUAGUGGUCGGCGGCGCGCCCUGGUCCUCAACGUGGCGUCGGCCGCCGGCGUCAUCGGCAUACCCGGCGUGGCGGCCUACUCGGCCAGCAAGGCGUUCGUGCUGUGCCUGACGCGGACGCUGGCGCGCGAGAUGGCGGCGGCGGCCGGUGGUGGCGGCUUGGCGGUCGACUUUGUGGCCGUGGUGCCGGGCGACGUGAGCUCGCAGGGCAACACGGCGGCGGCGGCGGGCUCGCCGGGGGCCCGGGAGUUCGCGCGGGCCGUGGUCGCAACGGCGGGGAGGGCGGCACGGAGGGGUCAGAGGGAGCUGGUGCCCUGGCCCGCGCACGCGGUCCAGGUGGGACUGCUUCGGAGCGUGGUGCCGGCUUGGGUCACGGAGUGGUUCAUGGUCGGGCUGAUGAGGGAUAAGGAGAAGGCGGUUUAUGGGCCGCUGGGUUAGGUUGUUGACAUUUUUGCCUUUUGGCAAGCAGGCAGGAACGAGAGAGCGAGUUGGAUCGAGACAGACGGCAAAUUCUAUUCACCCCGUAUGUCACGUCUAGGCUGUUUCCAUCAGCGAUAUUAUCAGUCUUGGCCCCCUAUUUACAGAACCACGCCUGCGCCAGCCUGCCGGUAGCGGUAUUAGAAACUGAAGCUCAACUCUCAUGAAGGCAAUCUCCAUCGACCGAGACCCCCAAGCCGCCUCACCAGCCGACCCAACAGAGGCGUCUCCCGGCUGUUAGCCGAAGAUUGACUCUCUCCGCCGGGGACGGCUCUUGUGCCGUUGCUCGGUGUAUCGCAGGUCCUCUGCGAGGCCGGAUGCUCCGUCUGCACGGGGUUGCAGCCCGGCAGGCUCGGCAGGCUCUCUCCCAGCACCUUCUCCUUGUACUCCUGCUGCUUGGUGCACCUGUUCAUCUUGG